GCCCAGCUAAGGGAGGGAUUCAGCAGCUGAAACUGCGCAUGCUCCGUGCGAACCCCGGUGGGGGAGGGAGAAUAAAGCUGCAACUGCCGCCUCGGUGUGAGCCGCCCUUCUUGCCCUGCCAGGGCUGCAGAAUUACAUCCAUGUUUUUCUCCAGCUCAUCCCAUCCCCCCAUGACACAGGGAAGAGAAAUGGCUGCAGUGGAGCCAGCUCAGGGGCCGGUAAUCUUCGAGGAGGUGGCUGUGUAUUUCACCAGUGAAGAGUGGGCUCUGCUGGACCCCACUCAGAGAUCCCUCUACUGGGAUGUCAUGCAGGAGAACUAUGAGAAUGUGACCUCACUGGGGUUUCCAGUUUCCAAACCUCACAUAAUCUCCCAGCUCGAACAAGGGGAAGAGCCAUGGGUUCCAGACCUCCAGGGUUCAGAGGAAAGAGAGAUCUUGAGCUUUUCCUGCACAGCAGGUGAUGCAAUGGUAUGUGAGAAAGAGGAGCAGAAUUCUCACCAGGAAAAUGUUGAGCAAGUGGCUAAACACAGAGAAUUAUUGCAAAGAUCGAAAAGGCAUGUGUCCAGGAGUCAUGAGCAGAGAAAAUCUCAUGAGAUUCAGCACAGACCAGAAAGAGAGCAAGGAAACCAGCCAGCGGAGAAAAUGGGUAAAUUUAUUUCCUGUCGGGGAACUCAGAAGAGCGUCAAGGAAACCACAACACAACAGGAAAUCCUCAUGGGAAAGAGGGAAAAUACAUGCAGUGAGUGUGGAAAAACCUUAAUUUCCAGCUUAGCCCUUUCUGUUCAUCAGAGAAUCCACACAGGGCAAAGGCCUUAUGAAUGUCAUGAAUGUGGGAAAAGCUUCACUCGCAGCACAGGCCUUUCUCAACAUCAGAGAAUCCACACAGGGGAGAGGCCCUAUGAAUGCUGUGAGUGUGGGAAAAGCUUUAUUACCAACUCAGGCCUUUCUCAACAUCAGAGAAUCCACACAGGGGAGAGGCCCUGUGAAUGUCAUGAAUGUGGGAAAAGCUUCACUCGCAGCACAGGCCUUUCUCAACAUCAGAGAAUCCACACAGGAGAGAGGCCCUAUGAAUGCUGUGAGUGUGGGAAGAGCUUUAUUACCAGCUCAGCCCUUUCUCAACACGAGAGAAUCCACACAGGGGAGAGGCCCUAUGAAUGUCAUGAAUGUGGGAAAAGCUUCACUCGCAGCUCAGACCUUUAUAAACAUCAGAGAAUCCACACAGGGGAGAAGCCCUAUGAAUGCCGUGAGUGUGGGAAAGGCUUCACUCUCCGCUCAAGCCUUUCUAAACAUCAGAGAAUCCACACAGGGGAGAGGCCCUUUCAUUGUGGUGAGUGUGGGAAAACAUUCACUGACAGAUCAGUCCUUUCGAAACAUCGGAGAAUCCACACAGGGGAGAGGCCCUAUGAAUGCUGUGAGUGUGGGAAAAGCUUUAUUACCAGCUCAGAACUUCAUAAACAUCAGAGAAUCCACACAGGGGAGAGGCCCUUUGAAUGCUGUGAAUGUGGGAAAACCUUCACUGACAGAUCAGUCCUUUCUAAACAUAAGACAAUUCACACAGGGGAGAGGUGCUAUAAAUGCAGUGAGUGUGGGAAAAGCUUCACUCAGAACUCUCACCUUAGUAGGCAUCAGAGAAUCCACACGCAGGAGAGGCCCUAUGAAUGUCGUGAGUGUGGGAAAAGCUUCUCUCGCAGCUGUCACCUUACUGGGCAUCAGAGAAUCCACACAGGAGAGAGGUGCUGUGUAUGCAGUGAGUGUGGGAAAAGCUUCACUCACAGGUCUCAACUUACUAGGCAUCAGAGACUCCACACAAGAGAGAGACCCUAUGAAUGCUGUGAGUGUGGGAAAAGCUUUAUUACCCACUCAGGCCUUUCUCAACAUCAGAAAAUCCACACAGGGGAGAGGCCCUAUGAAUGCUGUGAGUGUGAGAAAAGCUUUAUUACCAGCUCAGACCUUUCUAAACAUCAGAGAAUCCACACAGGGGAGAGGCCCUAUAAAUGCAGUGAAUGUGGGAAAAGCUUCACUCUCAGCUCUCAUCUUACUGGGCAUCAGAGAAUCCACACAGGGGAGAGGCCCUAUGUAUGCAGUGAGUGUGGGAAAACCUUCACUUACAGAUCAGUCCUUUCUCAGCAUCAGAGAAUCCACACAGGGGAGAGGCCCUAUGAAUGCCAUGAGUGUGGGAAAAGCUUCACUCGCAGCUCAGGCCUUUGUCACCAUCAGAGAAUCCACAGAGGGGAGAGGCCCUUUGAAUGCAGUGAGUGUGGGAAAACCUUCAUUCAGCGCCAGCAGCUUAUUAGUCAUCAGAGAAUCCACACAAGUAUGAGACCCAAUGGAAGCAGUGAGUGUGGGAAAAGCUUGUCUUGCCACUGAGCCCAUGUGAGCCAUCAGAGAAUCUGCAAGGAGGAUCGACACCAUAAAACCCUCUAGGGCUAUCAAUACUUUAAUACUUUCCUGGUUCCCACAUAGUAACUUUUAAAAACCGUUUGAAACACCGAUAUCCCUCAGCUUGUCCAGAUGAGUGAGUCGCCCAUUUUUGCAGUUUGACCUCUUUGAGGUGGACUCAUUUGUCCUUUCUAUCAACUCCAUUCUCCCAUGAGUAAUUCGAGUGUGCCCUUCCUAUCAGGAACCAGGAAGUGUCACAUUUAUACCAUUCCUCCUAUUGCAAAGUUCUUGUUAGAGUCACCAGUGAUACAGAUUGUAUCAUUGCCAAUUGUUCUCAUGUUGUGCUGAAGAGCAGUUAUAAUGGGAACUUUCAUAUUACAUUUAAAUGAAGAGGAGCAGGGCCAGGAAAAAAGUGUCAUUUCAGCCUCUGUGAUACUGGAAGGAGAUGUAAAAAGCAACACAGAGUCCUGUGGCACCUUAUAGACUAAAAUAUGUAUUGGAGCAUAAGCAAUAUACAAAAACCUGUAGAAGAACACUUCAAUCUCCCUGGGCACACAAUAGCAGACUUAAAAGGAGCCAUCCUGCAGCAAAAAUACUUUAGAGCCAGACUUCAAAGAGAAACUAUUGAGCUUCAGUUCAUUUGCAAAUUUGACACCAUCAGCUCAGGAUUAAAUGGACUGUGAAUGGCUAGCCAACUACAAAAGUAGUUUCUCCGUUGGUGUUGAUAGGGAAACCAACCCCCCUUAGUUUAACCCUUAGUUUAAUAGCCUUGUUUAUGUAAGUUUUACGAGCCCACAUAUAGAGGCCUUAGGCUUCUGCUGACUAAUACUUGUAGUAGUUAAAGGUUUAAUUGCUUUAAGGAUAAGGAAACGGGGUAUGCAGCACUAACAAAAGAGGACCUGGAAAAGAGACAACGGGUCUCCUAGAAAUCUGUUCUGCUAUAGAUGAAUAUAUUUGUUUUGGCUUGCAUAUGAUGCAAGUAGGGGAUCCCAAGGAGGGAUCACCAGGUAAUCAGCUCAAUACUGCCCUAUCAUAUAAUACUCAAUAAUGACUUCUAAUAGAAUUCUCCUUUAGCUUGAGUAAGUUUUAUAACAAAGGCUUUGUUGGCUUUAUGCUAAGUUACCUUAAUAACUUAUCUGUCUGUAUAAAGUUAAAAGCUUGCUUAUCAGUAUAAAAUUAAUACUUGUCUGUCAGUGCAAAAGCCAUCUGGCCAGAACUGGGGAAACUGGACUCCAAAAGAGGAUCCCAGGAAACCAUGUGAAGCUUGCUCAUAGUAACCGCAAAUAGGGGUAACAGAACAGUCAGGGCCGCAUGAUGGCCAAAGAACAUCAACAAGGAAAUAUAAAAGUCAGUUGCUUGCAAAAUUGCAAUAUGUAUGCCAUAUAAGGAAAAUAUUAAUUGUGUUUUGCAGUGUAAGCUAUAUAAUAAUCCAAAUAAGGUUGUAUUAAUGCAUAAGCAAGAUAUGAUAAUUUGCAGUUUUAAGCUUUAUAAGGUGCAGGGAAAUUUGUAAGGGUAGAGCAGCUUGCCCCUUGCUAGGGGAUAUGCUAGCUCUCCUGGUAUGCAUACCUGUGUAACAAUAAAGGAGCCUCAGGCUGUCUGAUCAAAUCAUUGAGGUGGUGGUUUUUUCCCCGACGGUGUUCACACCUCAACUGCUACAAGAGGGCCCCAUCCUCCCUGAUUGAACUAACCUUGUUAUCUCUAGCCUGAUCCUUGCUUGCAUAUUUAUACCUGCCUCUGGAAAUUUCCACUACAUGCAUCUGACGAAGUGGAGAUUCACCCAUGAAAGCUUAUGCGCCAAUAUGUCUGUUAGUCUACAAGGUGCCACAGGAGUCUUUGUCACGUUUUACAGAUCCAGACUAACACAGCUACCCCUCUGAUACUUGGAAGGAGAUGGGGUGACUCAGAGAUUCCCUCCUUGCCCAUCAUGGCAGAACUGUUACCUUUUGUCUAAGUCAGGCAGAGUUUAUCACCAUCACAUUCUACCCCUCCACUUCUCAGUGUCAUAUGAUGAAGUGUUCUCAGUUCUCUGUGCUUGGAGAUGAUGCUUUAACUUAUUUAAUCCUAUAGCAGAGUUGCUAUGACUGGAGAUGAAAGUAUCAAAGACUGAGAAGGGGAAUUCAAAUGGAUCCUAAAUGCAGUGUGAUCAUUUCAAGUUUAAAUCCCAGGUUCCAUCUAUUGGUAAAGCCAGUUCUGGCAAGGUGGCUGCUUUUUCCCCCAUUAUGGGAAUGCUAGGAUACUAAACAUAUUGUAAAUAACAUAACUGAUUGUUGAGACAGUUCUCAAUGAAAUAUGUCUGAAUGGAUCAGAGAAGAAUGUGAUGAGAGAAUCUCUUGUCCUGAUUCUAAAUAAUUAGAUGUAACCUGCUCUGGAAUUUCAAUUUACACUUUCAUUGUCAUGUAUUCUAUCUCUCUGUGAUCUGGGUUUCUAUCUUUCUUUAUGGCUGUGUGGUCACACAAUUAGAUAUUAGUUCAGCUCAGAUUUAUUGGAGAAUUUCAGACAAAUGACCAUUUGCUAAAGUCAUCAUUUCUCACUUCAGCUUUGCUUUUUCCCCAUCCUUCCAUGAUGAUAUGGAGAAAGUUCAAGUGCAGUUCUGUCAAUAGGAGAGAACUCUCCAAUUUACUGGCCAUGCUAACGACGACACAGCAGUGAUUUAAAAACUCCACUUGGAAAUGGUGAACAAUAGCAGACCCCCGACUAACUGAAGAAAGUGCAUAUGACCACAGUGUAGUUCAAUUGUUUAGAUCAAUAUUUUCUCAGAUGGCUAUGUUGGCAGGAGAAGCUCUCCUGCUGAUGUAGCGCUAUCUACACAGGGGAUUAGAGAUGUGUAACGAUGUUGCUCAGCUGUGUUGAUUUUUCACACCCCUGAGCAAUAAUUAUACUGAGAAAUGUCUUUAGUGUAGACCAGACAAUUCUCCCUUGUGUUUUCUGCAUUUGUAUCACUUCUCCCCUACUUUCUACUACUUUGAAAGAUUUAAAGUAUGAAAAGAGAGGUAUUUUUCCUCAUGAUGCUAACAUUCCCACAUAGGAGACCCCUUCCACCAACACGCAUGGCAGAAGAACCAGAGGUAUAUGAACUCACAGAAAUGUUGGGACAGAGCACAACUUGUGCCAAAGUUCAGUUGUUGGCAGUGGGCAUUAAAAGAAAACUAACGUAUGUGACCAGAAUUUGUGAUCUUUGAAUAUAUUAGUGUUACUAGUGAAAAUGAAAUGAUAGGUGAUGUUAUUGGUUAAAGAGUAAGAGACUAAUUGUUUGAUAAUCUGAAUUAUUUUGGAAAACUGAAA